UAAAAUUGACAAUAAGAAAGAGUAUACUCAAACUAGUGAUUUGGUGUAUUUUUAAUUUUAAAUGGUAAAAUAUCGGCAGAGCUACAAAAACAUGAAAACGAGGCUGGUAAGGCCUCGAUAAUGAUUUUCACUCAAACCUUUGCAAUUUCAAAUACCAGUAAUUUCUAGUCCUUAAAUGUAAGAGCAUUGAAACUUUCAGAUCUCACUCAAUAUAAUAUGGUCUUUCAACGGGUAGUAAUGAUAUAUUAUAAAACUUAUAAACUCAGUUGUUACGAUAGCCAUGACCUUUUUCUAAUGGUCUAUGUUGUGAUACAAAUUAUCCUAUGCAUUUCAAGCAAGAGUGAAUUAGGCCUGGGACGAGACAGCAUCAAUAACUUCAUGCUCCACUUCUUUUCAAGUCAAUUAAAUUUGUCUUUGACAAAUUUGGGUGUGUUGUCAAGACAUCUCUUGAAGCAGCUUUGAUGGUGAUAUCUGUUUGUCAAAAGAAGCUGUCUUCAGUGAUGUGAAGAGAAACAGUUUUGGAUAUCUUGACAGAAAUAUCUUACUUUAGAUUAAAGUUCCACCAGAAUACAUUUAGAAAUCAGAUUCAUGGUUAGAUUAGUAACUAAAUCAAGAAUGGACAACAAUGAAAGGGUUUCCAAGCAAGACUGAGCAAGUUGGACAUUGGUCAACACAAUGCCCGCCUCUCCAUGAAGUAAGAUGGUUAUAGAAAUCGAUGGAAGUGACAGAUCAUUUGAAGAACACAUUCAGAAGUCAGAAACAAAAAUUAUGUUCUUUAGUAAAUAAUAUUGAAGGAUGUUGGAGGAAACGGAACGGAAUUACUGCUGUCUGGUACUACUGCUUUCAAGGGUAGGCCUGGAAAAGUUACGUCAGUUAUUCAUUAAUGAAUGGAAUUCUGCUGGUGGCUUUGUCCCAUGGACUGACUGCCCUCAGAAUGGCACUGACUUGUUGACGAAGUUCACCCCACUUCCUUAUGAAAAAGCCAAAGUCCAGUCAGGUGACACAACAACAUGGGAUUUGUCUCUUUUUGUCAAAGCUCUGUUGUACUCCGCACCGCCAUUUGUACCCAAGUCCAAAACAGCUUUAUUUGCUGGUUUGAAGUGUUUGAAGAAAACUAGAAAUCAGCUUUGCCACACUGGCAGUGGGAAGAUUGAAUCAGCAGAGUUUGCCAUUCUGUAUGCUGAUGUUUGCAAUGCGCUAUUUUUAGUUGGAGCCUCAGCAAACGAUUUUAAACAAGUUGAGAAAGAUGUACAUCAGCCAUUGAGAGAAGUUUUAUCUCUGGUAAAACAGUGUUCAUUAAAAGAUGCAGACAUCCUAAAUGGAAUUGGUGCAAUAAAUGACAGACUUGAAUUACUUAGCCUACAGAGACCUGAUUCCUCAGACUUGUCAAGUGAAGAUGUAAAAUUGUAUUCCAUCAAACUCAAGGAAGCGAUAGCAAUGCAAACAGAUUUGCUACCAAGAAGAAGACAUCGAUCAAGGCUGAAAACUGACGAUAUUUUCACUAAUUUAACUGUCUACCAAGGCAAGCAAAACUCACAAGAAAAAGCUCAAGAAGAUGAACGCGCUCGAAAGACAGUGACGAAAAUCGCUGAGAUUUUUGUUGGCGAAAAUGGAGAAGGCGAUCCAAAAUCAAUUUUGGUUUCUGGCGAACCUGGUAUCGGAAAAACGCUGUUCUUGCGGAAAAUCGUCAGAGACUGGUCAACAGAUUGCAUAUCGAUCCCUAAGAUCAAGUUCAUUUUUCUGAUAACGUUCAGGCAACUUGUUCUUCUUAGCAAAAAAGAACUCGCCCUCAAAGAACUCCUCAAUCGCUCCCCUCUACUGAACGAAACAACCAAGAUGGACGAAAAACUAAUGGACUACAUCAUUCAACAUCCCGACCAAUUAUUCGUUGCUCUCGAUGGAUUUGAUAAAUACAAAGACCACAGCAAAUUAACCGGAGACUUUGAAAGCCAAUUUACAAAUGAUGUUGAAACCAAAAUGCCAGUAGUUGCCCUGGUCAGCAAACUAAUCCAAAAAAAGAUCUUGCGCGAUUCAGUCAUCAUGAUAACUUCAAGACCGGGCGAAGCCAACGAGUUGGACAAAAAACUCCACUUCGACAGAUGUGUGGAAAUUACGGGAUUCUCAGAAGAACAGGUCCUUCAAUAUGUUGAGAAGUAUUUUAACUCUGAACCAGAAGAAGUAAAAAAGAUGGCCAUGGAGAAAGUCAAAGGAAGCGCACAUUUCAUGUCAUUUGGUCACGUCCCUUUGAGGUGUUUCCUGAUGUGCGCAGUCAUCGAGUAUGAAAUCCAAAAUAACAUUACUAGAGAUAAGUCAGUUCCUCUAAAACUUACACAGUUUUAUUGUGAAGUUAUUAGAUGUCUUGUUAAAAUUAGCAAAGAAUUAAGUAGUUUAGAUAAUCAAUCUGCUUUGUCCGCUGUUGAGAAAACUCUCGAUAAUUUUUCUGAAUUAGCCGCACAGUUAGCUGAGCAAAAUCGUUUUACUUUCACUCAAAAGGACUUAGAAGAGCUAAAAUUAUCAGAAGCUGAAAUGUCUUACCUUAAAUCAAGUAGUUUAAUAUUUUGUUAUCCUGUUGCCAGUGAUUCUCCAUUCCCGCAAACAACUCUUGAAUAUUGUUUUUCACAUUUAACMAUUCAAGAGUUUUUUGUUGCUUGUCAUUUGGUGAAGAAGCGCGCAAUGGCGGCACAAGAAACCUCUGARAUGGUGCACAUAUUCACGAGUGGUUUGUUGGGUUUAGAUCAGGAGAACAACAACGAUAAACUUAUGUCGAAAGUACUAAAGUCUGUAUGUAAACAAGUGGAGAAUGAAUGGAGACAACGUGUUGUGUUAUUGCGCUGUCUCCGUGAGUACGGCCUAGAGAAAGAAUUCACAAUACAAGAACUGACUACAAAUCGUGACUACAGAUACUGGGAUAGUGAUGGGUGGAUUAGAUUAUCUGGUGUAACCGACGACACGGACUGUGAUGCACUCGCUAUGUUAGUAGAAUACACUGCUACAUCAAUAUCAUUACCACCACACACAUUGUACAUAAGUUCCUCACAGAUAACCAUUACCAUGUUAAAUAGAUUGUUGUUAUCUCUUCAUCAUUCAAACUCCACAAUCACUAGACUGUUGCUGGUGUGGUGUAGUUUGAAUGAUGAACACGUAAAGUGUUUGUGUAAAUAUUUGCCAAAUAUGAAUAUAACCGAACUAGACCUGUCUGGCAACCAAAUAACCGAUGUUGGAGUGCAUCACAUCAUCCAUCACUUGUCCAGUAAUCUAACCGCAUUGGGCCUGACUGGAAACCCUAUUUCACGUGAAUGUAGAAAAAGCAUUGAAUUCUGCAACAGCAUUUACGCUGGCCUUACAUACAGAAGGACGUACACUAACACUGAAGUUUCAAAAGGAGAAAUACUUCGUAAGAAAGUUACAUGGAAAGAAUCAAGCGACAAAGAAGGCAAUUCUGCAGCUAAAAGGUCUUUGGCUGAAGAAUUGGGAGUAGCUGACGCUCUGGAUUGCCAUUUGGAGAGAAUUUCCUGUAACAAUGAAAUAAGUGACCAAGACAUUGUUGAAUUGGAACAACUGCUAGCUGAUGCAGGUGCCGGAACCUGGAAUAAUGCUUUAUGUGAAUAUGGAAUAGAUAAGCGUUCUCUUUUGUUUGCCAUCGCCCGUGUAUUUAGUUUCCUAAAGCCCAAACUUGAAGAAUACGAAAGAAUGAAUAACCUGACGAGAAGUGACAUAGUGGAUGUAACUUUCCUGGCACACGGAGGAGUUUCCGAUCCACUACUACCAUGUCGAGUGCAUUUUCUGAACGAUGAACAGAUUGAGUCUGUUAUCUUGUACAUACCAUGGGGCUGCAAGCUUGAUGCAAGUGCUGCUUAUGGAAUAGCAACAGGGACAAUUACAACCACAAAUGUUAACUUUAUAGGGUUGUUGAAUGAAGAUAAGCGUCUGAGGUGCUGGAACAACCUGCCAAUGGAUGGCACGGAGAUUCCAAAUAUUGUCUUCACUCGUGUUUCACUGGAUGAGGUUGUCAUACAGCAACUGCAACAAAUUGACUCGGCAUUUCGACGAGGUGUGCGUGGUGUGUUUGUACCUUUCUUGCCUGAAGAAACCAACCUUAACGAAAUACCACUAUCCAUCCUGUGCAUUGCUGUUGCAUUAUGUGCCUAUUUGAAGAAGGUUCCUUGGAAAUACAGGAUACACAUUGCUUCUUGUUUGUACCCCAUGAAGUUUGAUAGCAGCAUUUUGGUUCGUUCUCGUGACCCACGGGAUUUAUGGCCUCGAGUGAAGUGCUCUCAGUACUGGGAUAUUCCUAUUGUAGCUCCCCAUCCAGUUACCAUGACCAUGAAUAUGGAUAAUACAGAUCUUGGUCUUCAAAACGUUUUUCAUUGCCUUAAUAAUUAUUUCUCAGUUUGAACUGAAUUCUAGCAGAUGGAUUGGGCUUAGAAAGUCAUGAAUACUGAUUUAGAUAUAACUUUGGAAUUCUGAAAGUUUUAACGUAAUGGGUAAUCUUUUAUACAAAGUUAGUUUAUUAUAAACGGUAAAUAUAUAUAUA